UGUUGGCUAAGAUAAUCGCGAAGGAGAAAAACGUUGCAUUAAAAUAAGAACGAAGCCUCGACCAAUUAAGCGCUUUCGGUUUAAGCUUCAUUCACCUUAAAGAUUCUCAAAACCAACCACAAGGGAAAGAUCUGUGAGUUUUUGUAAUGGAAAGCGGUAGCCUCUAGGGCCCAGAGGAUAUGCAGGGAGGCAUUUUCUCUCGCUGGUGCAGCUGAGAGCCAGCGAGCGAGCGAGCGAGACCUGGAAAUGAAAGUAAAGAGAUCAGGAGGCACAUGGAGGGAGCUGCAGGCGCAGCCGAUCCAGAAGCAGAAUGCUGCCUUCUAUAAUUAAAUAGCACUUACUAUUAUUAUUACUUCUAGUAAUAAUACAUUAAUAAUAUCUCUAGUAAUACAAUACCAUUUAUCAAGGAAAGUUUAUACAUAGUGCGUGUGGGGAAAACUCAAGGAGAGCAAUUAUAAUGGAGAGACAGAAGAGAAAGCAAGAAAUAGAGAAAGGACUUCAGUUCAUUCAGUCCACAUUACCCCUAAGCCAAGAAGAUUAUGAGGUAAUGAAGAAUACGUUUUCUGAAGCAGGGAGUCCUUUGGCCUUUUUGCAGAAGCUGGUGCGAAACCUGUUUGCAGAGGGCAAUGAUUUGUUUCGAGAGAAGGAUUUCAAGCUUUCUUUGGUGCAGUAUGUAGAAGGGCUGAACGUGGCAGAUUAUGCAGCCUCUGAUGAGGUGACCAUCCCAAAGGAGCUCCUGUGCAAGCUGCAUGUCAACAGAGCUGCCUGCUACUUUGCCAUGGGGCUGUAUGAGAAAGCUCUGGAAGACAGCGAGAAGGCUUUGAGUCUCGACAAGGAGAACAUCCGAGCGCUCUUUCGGAAAGCUCGCUCCUUAAAUGAGCUGGGAAGACACAAAGAAGCAUACGAGUGCAAUAGUCGAUGCUUGCUGUCCCUCCCACAUGAUGAAAGCGUCACACAGCUGGGACAGGAGCUUGCCCAGAAGCUGGGACUGAGGGUUCGGAAAGCUUACAAACGACCUCAGCAGGAAUUGGAAACAUUCUCACUCCUCAGUAACGGCACAUCAGGCAAUUUGUCAAACCAGACCACUUCCAAUGGAUUGAGUUCAAUAGAUGACAUCGAAACAGACUGUGCUAUGGACCUGCAGUGCCUCCCAGCUCCUGUGGCCACCUCCAUGCCUGUGAGCGAGGGCCUGGCCCCUUUGCCCUCCGACUCAGAUGCAAAGGGCUUGCCUACCUCACUCCCUGCUGCCGGCCUCCUUGCCUCUCCAGACUGCGGAUCCCUGCCAGCGCCUGACAGCGUGGAGGACUUUACAGAUGGGGACAUCAUUGGGGAAGAGCUGGACUCCCUCCUGGACUCCCUUGCUGAAGGGUCACCAUACCCCCUAUCUCUGGUCCAGGGCACCAUUCCUACCAACCUGCCAACAGAGAUGCCCCAGCUGAUCCCAGUGUUUCCGGGGGGAACUCCGCUGCUGCCCCCAGUCGUGAGAGCCAGCAUCCCUGUCUCCACCCCGCUGCCACCUGCCUCUUUUGGCCUGGUGAUGGAUCCUACCAAGCAGCUCUCCUCCUCCUCUGUCCUGGAUGCCUUCGAGGCUCCGCCGGGAGGAAGUGGUGGCUCCACCUUGGAUUCUCUGGAUUCCUUGGAUCUGCUCCCCUACGCAGACUCGCGCCUGGAUGCGCUGGACUCCUUUGGGACGAGCAGAGGGUCACUGGAUGCCUUGGAUUCCUUUGCCAUUGAAGAAACUAGCCCUCAGGAACUGCGCCACCCACCUGGCAGCCAAAAACCGUCCCCCGUGGUGAGUGAGCCGCUCCCCCGUGCUGAUGUCCCAAGGUGCACUGGAACCAAGGUAGUCAGCCUUGGUGGAGUGAGUCACCCAACUGUGCCCAAGGGCACCGAGCACCUGCCAGAACCAGUAAUGCCCAACACAGCCCUGCUGGUGAAGAACCCUCUGGCAUCUACUCAUGUCUUCAAACAAGCCUGUCAUAUCUGCUACCCCAAAACAGGGCCCAAGGCUGGCGAUUAUACUUACCGGGAAGGCUUGGAGCACAAGUGCAAGAGAGACAUCCUGCUGGGCAGGCUGAAGAGCUCAGAAGACAAGACCUGGAAGAGGAUCCGUCCUCGCCCAACCAAAACCAACUUUGUAGGAUCCUAUUACCUGUGCAAAGAUAUGCUUAACAAGCAGGACUGUAAGUACGGGGAUAACUGCACCUUCGCGUACCACCAGGAGGAGAUCGACGUGUGGACAGAGGAGAGGAAGGGGACCCUCAACCGCGACCUCCUCUUUGACCCACUAGGUGGUAUCAAGCAGAGCAACCUCACCAUUGCCAAGCUCCUCAAGGAACAUCAGGGCAUCUUCACCUUCCUCUGUGAGAUUUGCUUUGACAGCAAACCCCGGAUUAUCAGCAAAGGGACCAAGGACACGCCAUCUGUCUGCUCCAACCUUUCUGCCAAACACAGUUUCCAUGACAACAAGUGUCUGGUCCACAUCGUGCGUUCCACCUCCCUCAAGUACUCCAAGAUCCGCCAGUUCCAGGAGCACUUCCAGUUCGACGUGUGCCGGCACGAGGUGCGCUACGGCUGCCUGCGGGAGGACAGCUGCCACUUUGCUCACAGCUUCAUCGAGCUCAAGGUCUGGCUGCUGCAGCAGUAUUCAGGAAUGACCCAUGAAGAUAUUGUGCAGGAAUCAAAGAAGUAUUGGCAGCAGAUGGAGGCACAUGCCAGCAAACCAGCCAACAGCAUGGCUUCUCCCCGGGCUCCCACGUCAAGCACCUUUGACCUCCAGAUGAAAUUUGUAUGUGGCCAGUGCUGGAGGAACGGGCAGCUGGUGGAGCCAGACAAAGACCUCAAGUACUGUAGUGCCAAAGCCCGCCACUGUUGGACAAAGGAGCGUCGCGUCCUGCUGGUGAUGUCCAAGGCGAAGAAGAAGUGGGUGUCUGUCCGACCGCUGCCUUCCAUCCGCAACUUCCCGCAGCAAUACGACCUGUGUAUCCAUGCACAGAAUGGCAGGAAAUGCCAGUACGUGGGCAACUGCUCCUUCGCCCACAGCCCUGAGGAGAGAGACAUGUGGACCUUCAUGAAGGAAAACAAAAUUCUAGAUAUGCAGCAGACCUAUGACAUGUGGCUGAAGAAACACAAUCCUGGGAAGCCUGGAGAGGGGACACCACUCACCUCACGAGAAGGGGAGAAACAGAUCCAGAUGCCCACCGACUAUGCUGACAUCAUGAUGGGCUACCACUGCUGGCUCUGCGGCAAGAACAGCAACAGCAAGAAGCAGUGGCAGCAGCACAUCCAGUCGGAGAAGCACAAGGAGAAGGUCUUCACCUCAGACAGUGACUCCAGCUGCUGGAGCUACCGCUUCCCCAUGGGGGAAUUCCGGCUCUGUGAAAGGUUCCAGAAGAACAAGACCUGUCCCGAAGGAGAGGAGUGUCGCUAUGCCCACGGCCAGGACGAGCUGACAGAGUGGCUGGACAGGAGAGAGGUGCUGAAGCAGAAGCUGGCCAAGGCCCGCAAGGACAUGCUGCUCUGCCCCAGGGAUGAUGACUUCGGGAAAUACAACUUCCUAUUGCGGGACGGGGUAUAGUGAGGGCUGCAGGGGGCAGCCUGCCGGCUGGAGAAACACAGGGCAGGGUUUCCAAGAGUGGCAGUAGCAGGGAGAGCAAGACCUAUGUCUUGCUUAAGAGAACCUUUUAUUUUCUUUUCCUGUUAAGAUUAUGAGAUGAUGAUUUAUUAGUGAUGAAUGAAAUUGUGAAUUUGAUUCUCCUUGGCCAGCGAACACCAUGCUCACUAACUCUGUGAUCUGUCUUCUCUCUCUUUUCCCCCAAAUUCUCCUUCCUCUCCAUAUUUCUGAUUUUGCUGCCCUUCACUCAAAGGAAUGAAUCCAGUCUGUACUGGCCUGUGAUUCAGGGAAUUUCUCUGUGUGUCACUCUCUGGCCUUUCAGAGUGUGGCCAAAGCAGAGAGAGAGGACCAGACAUCAGGUGAAAAGGUGCCCAUAAGGUUCCUGUGCUCCUUUUCUCAGGGCUGCAUUGCAAGCUCUGCUUAUGCUGCUGCUGCUGGCCUGUUCUCCUGAGAGCUCAGCACCAGAGGGUUUAGGAAUUGAGGUGCAAAAGAAGGAAAACCACUAGAUCUGGCUUAAAACAUCUAAGCUUAAGCUCUUGCUGUCUGAGUUGCCCUGAGGUGUCAGCUCGUGCUGAGGAGGAUAUCAGCUGUCUGGUGCAAAGUGUGUAGCUGUAACUAGUGAAGUAAUAAAACUGCUUGCAGCAGCAGGAGCUGGGUUGUAGGUGACAUCAGAGUGUCUCAGCUGCCUGUAUCCAAAAAGCAAAUUGGGAACCCUACAUUAGAUGUCUUUCUUGGUGUGCAGCAGGUACUCAGAGUGGGUAGUUUUGCUUUGGUUUUUUGGCCAGUGUGAGUGGUACAGGUACACACAUCUAGAAGGUGUAGUGGAGGCUGUGGCACACCCUGUGGCACUGUAGUGCACGGAACAGUAUCAGGCAGGAGAACAGCUGUAACCAAAAGGAGCCUGUGCUUUUAUGUUGCCUUGUGUCCUGACGUGAGAGAAGGAGGUAAUAGUAUUCCCUUCUUGCUCUGUAAGUGGCAUGUGGUACUGCUUAUUUACAGCUGCUUUUCAACCUGCACUGCCAGAAGAACUGGGUGGGGACCCGUCGAGCAGCAUGGGCGAUGCUUUGCUGAUGGGAAUCCAGCUGGAAGGGAAGGGUUACCAGUACCAGAGGUCCAGUGCAGCCAGGAUGUGACACAGAGCAUGGAUCACAGUGGAGGCUGUCACAGUGGAUCACAUCUGUGUGCCUGCUCCUGUCCCACCUGAUGUGCAGCACAGUGGAGAAAGUGGUGAUGCUGAGCUCUAUGCCAGGAUUUUUGGCUGUUCUAGUGGCAGCACUGAGAGGCAGUGCUGCUCUGCGUGCCAGCCUUGUCCCUUCUGGCAGCCUCAUCUUGUAAGCAGUGAACGUGUGAGCUUCCCCUUCCUCCUCUCCUCUGCAGUCCAGCUGCACUUUGCAGGUUUGCAUGCAUGGAGGGCACCAUCCACUCAAACACAAACACACAUCUCUCAGCCCUCUCGGGGAGUGCCUUUUUCUUAGAGUCUCCCAGGACAGCCACCUUUGGGGCUGGCACUGCUGUAUCCACAGAAAAUGCAAUCUGGCCAUGAACUGCUUGGUACUUUGGCAUUGCUGGGUCCCUCUGUUCCCUCCCUUCUCCCAUAUCCUUAGGGUUCCCAUUUUUAAGAGAGAUGGGAUGUGGUAAUAGAGAAGAUGGGGAAAUGCAGGAGAUGCUGUGAGGGCAGCUGGAACUGGUCUAAGGCAGCCUCCAGGGAGGUGCAUCAGCUCCACUGGGGUCACUGGCACAGGAGCAGAGUGUGCUGCACGCUGGUCUUGGCCCGCUGCAAGGAUAUUGUGUGCUCCAAGCUGACUUUGCUCUGAGCUUGUUUGUUGUCCUUUAACAUGUGGAUAGUGGUCAGCAGUUUGGUAAGAGCUUCCUUCUUGGUUGUAGGGCACCUUGAGAUCUGACCUGGAAGGGACCAGGACUGUAGCAUCUGAUGAUACACAGGUGGCUUACUGGGAGAAGAGAGGAGAGAAGCAGUUAUUUCUGUCUCUGCCUACAUGUGGGGAGGAGCAUGAGAUGAGGAAGGACCCAUAGUGCUGUAGGGAAAGAGAGUGACCAACACAGUAUUGGCCAAGGCAGUUUUUGAGUGGUCAGGUGCUGUAUUUUCUCCUCUGCCCUUUGCUGUACCUUCUCCUUCUGGCCCUUGUUAUAAACAGAGAUAGGAGAGGACCUAGGCUAUCUUGUUUUGCUCUUGCUGAGCAGAGAUGCCAAGGAAACAGACGUGGCUGUGGGAACGUUGGAAUGUGUCAGACCCGCAUCUCUAGCGUGACUCUAGCAUUCGCUGCGCUGUGAUUCUCAUACCAUAACUCCUUUAGCUUCCAGGGUGGGUAACUGUCCCCUCUUCCUGUCCCUGCCACGGCAGCUGAGCUGCUGGGGGGUGGGGUUGGGGGUUCAGAUUGGGGCUGAGGCAGGGAGAGGGCGAAUGUGUACAAGCCGAGGGAAGUCCGCGGUCACAGGGCUUGCAUCAAGUAUCUUUUUGUUUUCCCUGCUAUGAUAACCUGGUCUGUGGUGUUGCAGUACUUUGUCACCAGACUCGUUUUAGUGUGUAUAUAUGUGACCCCUGCCAUGAAGCAUAUAUACACAGGUAUUAAAUAUAUCGCUCUAUAUAAUAUUAUAUGUGUGUGGUAUCGAAGGAAUCUUUUAAUGAGGGUAAAAGGAAAAGGACUCAGGCCAGGAAACGCAGCAUCUCCGGGUUAAAUAUAGAGGCUUCUCUUUGGAUUAGGGCAAGGGCAAUAAGAAAGGAGAGGUUUAUAGAGGUAGGUAUGAAUUUUGAGAUGGGACAGGUUCCCCUGUUGAUGUUUUUGAAAGCCCCUGUCCUUGCAGUCCCAUCUCAAUGAGAGAUUAUUAUACUGCUAAGGAGUUUUAAUGCUUUUAUUAUUCAGAGGGAUGUUGUGGAAGGCAGUUAGCUCCACGCUCAGCUUUACCAGGCUCACUGUAUCAAGCCAAAAGGGUUUCCUUCAGCAGGUUCUGUAACUCCCAGGGGAACUGUUUGUGGCUUUACAGCAGAUAAACCACAAGCUGUAAGGCUGCUGUAGUGGCCCACUCACAAGACCCUGUGCUAAAUCUCUCUCUUUUCUUCAUUCUUGUGAAGGAAAAAGAAACCUCUGCAGCACAGAGCCAAAUCUGAGGGCUUUUAACAAAAGAAGCAAUGUUUUAAUUUUAUAACCUCAGAGGAAAAAUCUCCUGUCCUGUACAAUUACCACAGACACACAAAUCACUCUGAGGGGAGACCUGGACUUAGAUCAAAUUGUGAAGUGCUGACAAGACUUAGUGAAAAUCUUAUCCCAACUCCUUUGGUAGGGGCAGGGAUUUAGGUGCUGCUGGUGUUGGAGUUGACCUGAGCUUUACUGGGAAAAACAAAACAAAACAAAAAAAACCCAACCAAAAAAUACCCUACUUAGCUUUUAUGAAACUGUAUGUCAAAAAUGGAUGAGUUUUAGCAAGUGAAAGGAAAAGACAGCAAGGGGAUGCUGCAGUUCUGAGCUGGGUAGUAAUGAUUUUGAGUCCUUUAAUAUGUCUUUGUAUUAAUAUAAUUUAAGAAUACCACGCUUUACUAUUAAAAAAAGAAAAAGAACUUAGUAUCUUUCAUAAGGUCUAGUAUCAGGAUAAUAAUGUAGAUGUUUUAACAACAGUUUUGGUUUUGUUCUUAAAAUAAAUAAAAACCAACAACAACCAACCAGACUUGCUUCUUUUAGCCUUUGUAAUAGAAAAUAAAAGCGCGCACUUUCAAGCC